AUGGUACAACUCAUACAAUUAAAGCAUAAGAAGCAUAGCACCUGCGCACCAAGCAGCUUCAUCAAGAGCACAUUUGACGAUUGUCUCUCCAUGUCUAUAUCACCCAUGAAUAUGGAACACUCCAAAGAGAGUUUAGCAGAGGCAGCGGCGAUUGCGAUACCAUGUUGGCCGGCACCGGUGGCCGCCACGACGAAAUUUCGUCCCAUUCGUUUGGCGAGCAUAGCUUGUGCAAUGGCAUUGUUGAUCUUGUGUGCUCCUCCAUGGUUGAGAUCUUCUCUCUUUAUAUAA